AUGUACGUAAAAAUUGAGACGUCAAGAUUGGAUUAUUUUCGUAAUAAGCAACAAGAGAUUCGAUCUGAAGUAUAUCAAGGAAUUGUUGACAGUCUAUCAAUUGGACAAAGCAAUGCUUCUAAAGUUGGUAAACGCAUCAUUCUGCCUUCUUCUUUUAUUGGAGGUCCAAGAGAUAUGCGUAAGAGAUAUAUGGAAGCAAUGGCUUUAGUCCAACGCUUUGGAAAACCGGACAUCUUUUUAACCAUGACAUGCAACCCAAGUUGGAAAGAAAUCUUAGAUGAAUUGGGUCCACAAGAAGAAGCACAAAAUCGUCCUGAUUUGAUUGCACGUAUCUUUAGAGCAAAAUUAGAAGAACUGAAGGAUGAAUUAUUCAAACGGGAGAUAUUUGGGAAAGUUUCAGCAUACGUAUACGUCAUUGAACAUCAAAAAAGAGGACUACCACAUGCACAUUUCUUGAUCAUACUACAAAGAGAUUGGAAAAUCUAUACUCCAGAAUCUUUUGAUGAAAUUGUAUCAGCAGAAAUACCUGACAGAGAAAGAAAACUACAUUUGCACAAGACAGUAAAAAGACAUAUGAUGCAUGGCCCCUGUGGAGUACUGAAUCCGAACAAUGUGUGUAUGAAAGCAAAUGGCAGUUGUAAAAACCACUUUCCACAAGGUUUUGUACCUAACACAACCGUUGGAAUCGAUUGUUUUCCACAGUACAAACGUUGUGAUAAUGGAAUGACUGUCAAAGUCAGAGGUAAAGAUUUAGAUAACCGUUGGGUUGUUCCACAUAAUCCAUAUCUCCUCGCAAAAUUUGAUUGUCACUUGAAUGUAGAAAUUUGCUCAACAAUCAAAGCAGUCAAAUACCUUUAUAAGUACAUUUAUAAAGGUCAUGAUCGUGUUGCUUUCAACUUGAUUCCUGGACAAAACAUCCAAGAUAUAGAUGAAAUCCAACAAUUUCAAUCAGCCAGAUGGAUCGCUCCACCAGAAGCUAUGUGGAGAAUAUACGGUUUUAUUCUUAAUGAAAUGCAUCCAUCAGUUUACAGUUUACAUCUACAUCUUGAAGAUCAACAUCUGGUAGCUUUUCAUGCACAUGACAACCUUAACAAUAUUCUGAGAUCUGAUUUUACGGCAAAAUCAAUGUUGACUGAAUUCUUUUCAACAAAUCAAACUAAUGAAAAUGCACGAAAACUACUGUACAAAGAAUUUCCUGAAGCUUUUGUUUGGAACCAACAACACAAAAUAUGGACUCCAAGAAAGAAGAAAACUGUUAUAGGCCGCAUUGUUACAGCAAGUCCAUUCGAAGGUGAAAGGUAUUACUUACGGAUAUUGUUAAAUCAUAUAAGAGGCCCUUUAUCAUUUGACCACAUCAAAACAGUUGGCAACGUCACUGCACCAACCUUUCGUGAAGCAGCUACAUUACAUGGUUUGUUACAAAGAGAUACCAGUUUGCAAGAUUGUAUGCAAGAGGCUUCCUUAUACCAAAUACCACACAGUUUAAGACGGCUAUUUGCAACAAUUUUAGUAUACUGUAAUCCAACAAAUCCUAGAGAACUUUGGGAAUAUUUUGAACAAGAUAUGUCAAGUGAUUUCCAAACAAGUGUUGCAACAUCAGCAGAUAUUAGGACAAAAGUCUUACGAAGCAUCUCUUCUACACUUGAAUCGAUGGGAAAAGACAUAAACAUGUUUCAUUUAAUAGAACAUGAUGUCUCUUUUGAUCAGAACGAAACUGAAGCUAGAGAAAUAAAUGAUGAAUUUGCAGUUUCAUACCAGAAGAAGAUCUUAUGGCUUCGAUGA